AUGGAUACUAAGUGUAUGGACGUUAUCAAGAAUGAAGAUGAAGGAUUAGAAAGAUCUGAAUUACUGCUGAAUACAAUGGAGGAGAAGGGAAGGGAUACUGUAGGCAAUGAGAGGAGCGAUGAAGAAUCAGUUUGGUCUGAAUUUCCUGAGCAUAUAGUGGAGGAGAUAUUUUCGAACCUACUGUUUGAAUUCACUCUUCGAUUUCGUAUUGUUUGUAAACAAUGGGACAAACUCUUAUCCUCUAACAGAUUUCUAUCUUCAUUGGCAGAGAGCGAUCCAUGGAUUCUUCUAUGCAGCUCAACAGAUUGCAUGGCAUACUGUUUUCUCACGCAGUCUUGGAAGAAUCUUUCCCUUAGUUUCUUGCCAAGCCGAACAACAAAAACUCUCUCAUUAGGCAAUUCAAGAUUUUGUAGUUCAGGCGCAGGCCUACUGCUAAUCCAAUUCGGAUGGCCUCGGAAAUAUAUGAUCUGUAAUCCAAUUACAAGGACCUACAGAUAUAUUCACCCUGUCAUAUCACAGAGUGCAACUUUAUCAGCAAUAAUGGACGACGGGGAGUCCUACAAAAUAGUGGGUGUGACACAUGAAGGAAACCACGGUUCCCUGCGAAUUUACCAUUGUUCGAAAUCGUCAUGCCAGAUUGAACUUGAGUUGCCACUCAAGCCAAGAGAUUUUCCUGUUUCUCAUAUUUGUUGUGCCAAGGGUCUUCUCAUAAGUGGGUAUAGAAAUACCAAGCUAUUUGUCUACAGCUUACAUGAGAAGUGUUGGAGUCGGAUCAGAGUUCCUCAUUCUGCCAGAUCUAGAAGCCCACUUGACAAACAAUUCCCUUUCUAUUUAUCAAAUCACGAGAAGCUAGGAGUUGAGGGGCUGGUAGGAGAUCUGGUCACCAGGCAUGAGGACUGGUCACUGGUGGAGGGGUCACAGCCAGUGUUGGUACCGGCAGGAGCCGGGCUAGUGGUGUUGGAGGGGCCUGUCAUGGCAGUGAAGAGGCUAGUCACGGCAGUGGAGUCCAAGAGACCAUGA